GAAUAAUCCAUAGGGAUCUUAAAGCAGACAAUGUUUUACUUGAUAAUGAGAUGAACCCAAGAAUUUCAGACUUUGGCAUGGCUAGAAGUUUUAGAGGAAAUGAAUCUGAAGCAAGAACAAAACGAGUGGUUGGAACAUAUGGUUACAUGUCUCCAGAAUAUGCCAUUGAUGGAGUGUACUCAAUAAAAUCAGAUGUUUUUAGCUUUGGGGUUUUGGUGCUAGAGAUUGUAACUGGGAAGAGAAACAGAGGAUUUAACCACCCGGAUCACGCCCUUAAUCUUCUUGGGCAUGCAUGGACACUCUAUAUGGAAGGUAAGCCUUUGGAACUGAUUGAUGCAUCCAUGGGGGACUCCUGUAAUCAAUCUGAAGUGCUACGUGCUCUCAAUGUGGGACUAUUAUGCGUACAACGUAGUCCAGAUGAUCGACCAAGCAUGUCUUCUGUGGUUCUGAUGUUGAGUAGUGAGAGCGCAUUACAUCAGCCUAAACUAUAUAGUCACAGAUCUUGAACCAU